CAAUUUUUGGGGUUGGCAUCCUGAAACUUUUUAUUGUCUUGUUUAGGGCACAGGCUUAUUUAUGUUUAAAAAAAAUAUUUCGUGGAUCAAAAGGCUACGAAGAGGCUUACUUGUUUUUCAAUUACAUUAUUAUAGGUGAAUGUAACGGUAUUUUGGAAUGGUACUGAUAGUUUUAGGUUAAUAGUUAUAGGAGGCAAAUUUUAUUAUGAACUGAAGAGAGCAGACAUGGCGGCUACUAGAAAAUUACAAGGAGAAAUAGAUCGCUGCCUUAAAAAAGUUACUGAAGGUGUUGAGACUUUUGAAGACAUCUGGCAAAAAGUCCACAAUGCAGCCAACAGUAAUCAAAAGGAAAAAUAUGAGGCUGAUCUCAAGAAGGAAAUUAAGAAGUUGCAAAGGCUAAGGGAUCAAAUUAAAAGUUGGAUAGCCUCUGCUGAAAUUAAAGAUAAGAGUGUUUUAAUGGACAACAGAAAACUCAUAGAAACGGUAUGUGCAAAAUUUAGUGGUUGUAAUAUAAAUGCACAUCAGAAAUUUUUAGUUGUCAUAAUAGCACUUUUAUAAAAGUCAAAUUUUGACACAAUCUUUUUAAACUUUGUGAAAUUUUAUUAGUUAAUUCAUUAUUACUUUUCAAAUGGAGAGGUUCAAAGUUGUAGAACGGGAAACUAAAACAAAAGCAUAUUCAAAAGAAGGAUUAGGGGCUGCUCAGAAAUUAGAUCCAGCUCAGAAAGAGCGUGAUGAAAUACAACAUUGGUUAGCACAUUCUAUAGAAAAACUUAAUAUUGGUACUGAUAGUUUUGAAUCAGAGAUUGAACAACUCUUAUCAAAUAAAAAGAAAAAACUUGAUAAAGAUAAACAAGAUAGAAUAGAUGAACUGAAAUCUAGAUUAGAAAAACAUAGGUUUCACAUAAGGAAAUUAGAGACCUUAUUAAGGAUGUUGGAUAAUAUGUCUGUUGAAGUUCAACAGAUAAAAAAUAUAAAAGACAAUGUUGAAUAUUAUAUAGACUUCAACACGGAGCCCGAUUUCGAAGAUAACGAAUUUAUCUAUGAUGACAUCAUCGGUAUGGACGAGGUUGAAUUAUCUGGUGUUGGCCUUCCAUCCUCCGCGACGACGGACAGCAAUGAUACCGGCGGUACACCUACGUCCAUGAUUUCCGGCUCCUCCCCGCCACCCACGUUGUCUCCGCCCCUUUUGCUGCAACCCAUCCCAUCGGCGCCAUUGUCUCUGACGGCGAUGGCGGCGACAGCUAUGACAACGGUGCACAACUACAACAAUCAUUCCGCUUCAGAAAACUCGAAUGAGGAUAGUAAAAAGAUCGUAGGCAACAAGGAUCUACCUAAGCCAGUAAAACCGACACCUGUGCGAGCAGUGACCAACAACAGCCAACCCAUCACGAAUACCACUCUUAAUUCCGUACUAAACUACAGUUUGGUUGGGGGAACGGGGGCGGUAACGGCUACGGCGUCUCUAUUGACCGGUGCCGCCCCCACGGCGCCGACGACAGUUCUUGAUCUAGGUAAGACGACGACGGUGUCGACAAAUAGCGCGGUAACUCCUAAUGUGGCCAAAAUUCCAGGAAGGGAGCCGUCGCCUAUUGGAAAUAUUGGCAAUCUGGCAAAUCUUGGAAAUAUCCUUGCGCAGUCGUUGGCGACGUCUUCGAUAGUAGGUGGCAACUUUGCGGCGGUAACGGCGAAAGUAACGACAAGUGGAGAGAGCAAUCCUCCAGCAUCUGUGAUAACUAAUGUUAGUCAAGUUCAAACUCAAAACACAUCCAAUGCCAUCAAUACAACGGUCCAUACGAAUCCCAUUGCUUCAUUAGGAAUACAAAAUUCAACAAAUAAUCCCUCUUCUAAAUCGUAUAAUGAACAACAUGUACAAAAUAAUUGUUUAAGUCCAGAACCAAAUAAUGGCAGUGAUAUGUCGAAUUCUGACAUUGAUACAUCACAAGUACCGAAUGGUCCGAUUACGGAAAAGUUGAACGACGGUCUUACGUCGUUAAAGUCGAUGGCUCAACAAGUGAUAGACCAAGCCGGCCUACAAAACAACCAGGUCAUCCUUGAGCCGAAUAAGAUUCAAAAUCAAGGAAAGUCUGACGCCCAUAUACCUCCAUUAUUAGGUGUAGCGCCACUCGGAGCUAUACCUCUUCAGAAAGAACAUCAAACUCAAUUCCAGCUUAUGGAAGCCGCCUUUUACCACAUGCCUCAUCCUUCUGAUUCAGAAAGGAUACGAACGUACCUGCCUAGGAGCCCGUGCACAACACCUUCGUACUACAUCCAAACGCCCCUCGCUCACUCUGACAGCUUAGAAUUCUACCAGAGGCUAGCGACGGAGACGUUAUUUUUUGUGUUCUAUUACAUGGAAGGCACUAGGGCUCAAUAUCUCGCGGCUAAAGCGCUCAAAAAACAAAGUUGGAGGUUCCACACCAAAUACAUGAUGUGGUUUCAGCGGCACGAAGAACCCAAGAUUAUUAAUGAAGAAUAUGAACAGGGGACUUACAUUUACUUCGAUUAUGAGAAGUGGGGACAACGGAAAAAAGAAGGAUUUACUUUUGAAUAUAAAUACUUAGAGGAUAGAGAUCUUAAUUAA